AUGAACAAAUAUAUCUACUUCUUUCUUCCCUUCUUGCUUACCUCAAUCAGCCUGAACAUAACACUGGCAGGUGAAGAAAAAUCACCUAAUGGCACUCAGGUCCCUGCAGCAACUAGCCCUCAAGUGACAUCCUCUACAGCCGCUCAAAACGCUAGCAGCGAAUCCACCCCUACAAAAGUAACUCCGAUUACUACACGUACAGUAACGGAACAAAAGAGAAAAUUUCCAAUUAUUAAAUUUUUUUGGAAUGAUGCUACAUCAGUAUCUCAAACAAAAUGGAGUUCAAUGUGGUCAAUUGUUAUAACAUCAAUUUUAUACUUAGGACUAUCAAAGCAAUAA